AAAUUAUUGUUUUACAAUGGCUAAAGUGAAAAGCAGGACACUGCGAGUUCGACAACACCGUGCCAUUGCAACCGUACCAUCAUAUUCAAGGGACGUGAAUGAAAAUGCUGAUCCAGACGAUGUAGACGAUGAAGGAAAUCUUGAAAUUAAUCGCGAAGAUCGUGUUGUUGCUAACGAGUUACAAAACCUAGACGUGGAAUUCGAAAGUAUUCCAUGUGGUUUGGAGAGCGACCAACUUCCCGGUAACACUUUGGAUGAUGAGCAAUAUCAGCAAUAUCAGGACCAUUGGGGGCUCGAAGAAAAGAUUGAAAAAACUCAAGAACGAGAAAAGAAAAUUGGAGAUGACCCCUGUUGA